AUGAUAAGAGUUUCUUCUGCUGUGGCUACACUGCUCCUCUACGCUCUAAAGACAAUCCAUGGGUAUAACGUAAUAGAGAACAACACCAAUUUUUUGUUUACGGGUAAGGAUGCUCAAGUGUGGGGGGGAGAAGCCGAACGGGUGGAGUGGCCCGGAGGCGGUAGCGCGCUGGAGAGUGCCGCGGCAUUUUUGAAAAACAGCUGGACGGAGGAGGACCAUGUGAAAAGCGGCGAUGUGCAAAUAGACCAGGUGCACCAUUUCGGAAGUGGUAACCACAGUGCGGAAGAAAGCCCAAACGGUCGUCAAUUCCCCGAGCGAAACGACGGAAGUGGCCACGAUGGAGAGGACGAAAGAGCCAAGCUGUUCAAUCUAGCCAUGGAACUUAAAGACGGAUCAAACAACAGGAAGAAAAACGUGAACAAAAGCAUAAGCAUCUUCGAGCAACUCAUCCUCGGGAAGAAGGACAACAUAACCUCAUCGUCCUACUACGAACUGGGAAAAAUACACUUCAUUGGUUAUAAGAAUUAUUUUUUUUCUUACAAGAGGAAUGUAAAGUUGAGCAUUCACUAUUUGGAAAAAGCUAGUCGGAUGAGGAACCCAGCCGCUCUCCACUUUUUAGGUUUCAUUUAUUUUUUUGAGUUCAACGUCCAGGGGGAGGGGGGUGGCCAAAAGAGUGCUAACGAGUGCGAACAGAAAGGUAGCCACUUACAUGGUGAUGAAAGGGAUAGGGAACCCCCCCCUGGGAAGAAUAAUAGAACGAAAAUUAUUAUGAGAAACCCGAAAAGGAAGUACCUCUCCAGGGGGAAGACCAGUACUAGUGGCAAUAACAGUAGUAGUAGCCGCACACGUAGUGACCCCCCAGCUAGCCAAAAUGAAAGGACGAUCAAUCCACUGAUCAGAACUUCCAUGGAAUAUGAACUGCAGGCCUGCGCACACAACUACACCCCGUCCGUUCUAGCCAUUGCCUACAAGUAUCUCUACGGGAUUAACCUAACCAGUAGCUGUGAAAAGGCAAAAGAUUUCUACAAAAGCGUAGCCGAAAAAGUUAUGAAUUCAGACUACAUAAACGUACCUCUCUCCGAGAUGGACGUGCUGAAUGUAGACAACCUGAGCAUGCAGAACGAAAUCAACAAUAUGAAGGAUAACGAGGAGGACGUUUUAGAAUUCCUGAACGAGCAGAUAAAAGGGGGAGACGUAAUGGCUAUGUAUGAUUUGGGAAAAAAAUAUAAAGAGGAGAGGAACUUUAGCAAAGCGUUUGAAUACAUUAACGAGGCGUCUAAGAAGAACAACGCGCUGGCGCAGAAGGAGCUGGGCAUCAUUUAUCUUUACGGGUACGGCACGCAGAAGGACGUGAGGAAGAGCAUCGAAAGUUUCUCCAAGGCGGCCGCCGCGGGCGACGUGGAGUCCAAGUGUUACCUCGGCUACAUCUACUACUUCGUAGACGACCAUAGAGACGUGCAGCAGGCGCUCAAGUAUCUAAUAGAGGCAGCCAACCACGACUACGGAGAAGCCUUUUUCUUCCUCGCGGAAAUCAUCCUGGAUGUUUCCAUUAAAAAGCACUACAUUGCCGACACCGUGUACCGCACCAUUUUCAAAUUGUAUGAACAUGCGGCUGAUCUGGGUUACGUGCAGGCCUACUUUCGAGAAGCUCAACUAUACGAAAUAGGGAAGGGGGUGCAGGCAUCCUGUCUGAAUGCGGCCCUGUCGUAUAAGUUCGUGGCAGAGAGUACCAUGUGGACCAAUCAAAUUAGGGAAGGCAUGAACUACUACGUGCAGAAGGACUACAUAAAGGCCUUCUACACCUACGCCCUGGCCGCCUAUGAAGGGUACGAGGUUGCACAGAGCAAUUUAAUAUACAUCUACCGGAAGAACGGGUUCAACAGUUUCAUAAAACCAGAGAAGGUCAUGCAGAUGCUGCACCUCUUGUAUAAGCAGGGCAAUUACAAAGCGUUGUACGAAAUUGGGAAGAUAUACAAACAAGAGAAUAAGGACAACGUGGCAGUUAGUUACCACAAGUUGGGGUUGAACAAGGGCGACCUGCGUAACCUCGUUCCCCUAUCUGUAUAUUAUGAGAAGAAUAUGGAUCCGGAUAGGGCCCUGAAAUACCUCAACUACUUCCUGAAGCAGAGGACGAGGGAGAAACCUUCGAGCACCACCAAGGUGGAGAAAAUGAGGACCAUUCUGGAAAGCUCCCUCUUGUACUUUCGUAAGUUUAAGUUACUUUUUAAAAGCUUCUAUUCAGGGAGACAGAAAAAAGGAAGUACCACGUGA